AUGAAGACAACCCAACGCUGCAGCUUUAGCAGCGUCAAGUUGUACCACGAUGAAGUAAUGCAGACCGAAUUUUUCAGCCAGUAUCCGUCGAAAGUCACCAAGGUAGAGUUCGUGCGCUCCUCAUUGGCAGCAAUACCGCCGAUUCUGUUCCAAACUUUCCUAAAGCUGGAAACAGUCGAUGCACAUAACAGUCAUGUCGAGCGUGUGUAUUCAAACACCUUUGAAGAUGCAAAGGCGCUUAAAGCGUUGAGUCUGAGAGGAAACCAAAUCACCGAAUUGCUAGCCGAUGCAUUUUACGGUGCGAAUCGUCUUGAAUGGCUGGAUCUUUCGGACAACUUGAUCGCUACAGUUCACAGUACAGCGUUCAGGCAUUUGUCUAAUCUCAAGACCUUGAGACUGAACGACAACCAUAUCUCUCAUCUGCAUUCGACCUUGUUUGAUGAGUUGUCCGAGAUGGAAAGAUUAGAGCUGCAGGAGAACGAUCUGACAACGAUUGGAGAUCUAGUGUUCAGCGGGUGCCCUUCACUGAUGUUCCUGAACGUAUCGCACAACGCCCUGAAGACGUUCCAUUUGAACAAGCUGGAUCGUCGUUAUAAUUUCGAUCUGAUCGACGUCAGCCACAAUCAUCUCGAGUUUGUGAACAUCCCUGGAUGUCUUCGUCAACUAUAUGCAUCCAAAAACGAUAUCCAUACGGUGGAAAGUAGUGGAACUCAGUCGGCACUGGUUCGGCUCAAGCUGUCACGAAAUAAGAUUUCGAGCAUUGCCGACAUACCAACGUUUGCAAAGUUGACCUAUCUCGAUAUGUCGUAUAACAGACUUAAUGACUUUGAGUGCAGUUCGAUGACACGUUUUCCGAAGUUGGCGCUACUCCAGCUGCAUGGCAAUCAGUUUGACGCAUCUCAAAACCAGCUGCUACGUAUCACGGUCAGCGAUUUGUUCGAUGCCAGUGAGAGGUGCGUUACUGCAGAUAAGAUAGCUGAAGGGAGCAACCAUUACUGUGUACGCAAUCGUCGCGAUUCGUAA